AUGGAUCGCCCGCAGACAGCUCCAGCAAAAAAGACUUCAGCCAUCGCCAGCGGCCCCACAGUCGAGUCCGCGGACUUUUCUGCCAAUUCUGACAGCUUGGAGCAUUGCCUCGCAGAGGUUCCGAAGGAGCAGCCGGAUGAGCUUUGGCCAACGCCACUAUGGCCGGGACACUUCUGCAAGAGGUCACUGCUUCAGCUCCGGGACUCGAGCGGCCUGGCCACGCAGCAGCCCCCCUACUGCUUUGCCGUCCGCUACGACAUCAGGCCGCUGGUGAAGCAGCUCAGCGAGAAGUCUGCCUACUUGAUGUUGCUGGAUGGCGAGAAGCUACGGCGGAUCGGCCGCGGUUCUGGCGUGGACAUCAUCGCUGCGUCCAAGUCCUGGAUCGCGUGGGGGGCGUUGUGUGCGCAGCCACUUCUGCUUACUCGUGAUGCCCAGGGCAAGCUCGUCGGGGAAGCACAGGUGCAACCCGAGCUGGAUUGCCACGCGAACGGCGAGGGGGUAUUGCUCAUGACAGUGGUGCUGACCUCCGACAUCAAGAACCGACAGCUCUGGCAGACUGCCGGUGAUCUCAUGAGCUACCGUCUGGGCAGCCCACAGGUGCUUUGUGGUUUGUGCAGCAUGGCAGUGCCCAUGCGCGAGCUCAGCGCCCAUCAGAGUCACCAGUGCCGAAUGGUGCUUUCGGCCUGUCCUCGCUGCCACAAAGAGGUACCGAUUCGUGAGCUGGCGGCGCAUCAGGUCGGUCCAGAUUGCCUCGGCACCUCCAGCAUGGGAACACAGACGCUGGAGAAGAAGGUGCAGGAUGCUCCGUCCCAGUGCAGUGUACCU